AGUAUUAUAAAAUAAUGUAAAUCAAUGUUAUAAUUUCACAGUUGGUCUGAAGAAGUUGGCACGGAUUGGUCGAUGAAAUAUCAUUCGAUAAAACUAAUAGUGUAUAGAAUUAGAUUGCCGUUAUUUUGAUAACAAAAAAUAUAAAAUAAAAAUUGAAAUUUUUCAUUACUACAUUAAAGGAAAUUUUUAUUAAAUUAAAAAAAAACUCAGUAUGUCUGUAUAUCUGUCAAUCACAAUUUUUGGAUUAAUUUUACUUUGCAGUUUAUCAGCACAAGAAAAUAAUACGUUACUAGGAAAAAAUAAUGAUACUGAUGUAUUUUUUGAAAGACACAAAAAACUAUGGCUUAAUCCUGUUUAUGGAACAUUAGCUGAUUCAAAUACACAAAUUUAUAUGGUUAACUAUGAUCAAGACAAACGUCAAUCUGAUAUUAGGGAGUGGCCGAAUGUAACAUAUUACGUAAUGUCGAAUUUACAUAAUGUAAUAGAACAUGCUACCACAUUAGCUGUUAAUAAGAAUGGUAGUAAUUAUGAAAUAAUUAAGGCAAUAGUUUCUGCUAUACCUCUAAAAACUGAUCCUGCAUUUCCACCAAUAAUCUACCCAGAAAUAUUAGUUAUCGUUGACUAUUCUUUGUACAAAAAACUCGAUGGAAAUCUAUGGAAAAUUGUACCAUAUCUCUUAGCAUUUUGGAAUGGCGUAGAUAUGAGAUUCAGAAGUUUAAAUAACCCUCGAGUUAGAUUAAAUAUCGCCAAGAUUCUUAUUGCUGAGGAUCGAAGAGCUCUUACAUAUACAAGAUCAUAUCUUGAUAAUAGAAGAAAUUUGGAUGCACGUGGAUCAAUAAAUGAUAAAAAAAUAUGGUUGUAUGAGCAAAAAAAUGUCGUUCCAUUAGACAGUUACGAUAUUGCUAUCACAAUGACUUCAGAUGCAAUGUAUUUACUCCCAUUUGAUAAUAACUUGAGUAAUGGUGUUCCAAUUAAAGGGUUAGCUUCUGGAAAAGCUUGUUUGGCUGAUCACAGAUUGAGACGUGCUAUGAACGUCGCUAUUGUUAAUGACGAGGGCGCUUAUGACGGAAUUAUGGCAGCUGCUCACGAAAUAGGACAUUUGCUGGGAGCUGAUCAUGAUUACGACAAUAAAUCUUGCGGUCCUUUUCAUGGCUAUGUUAUGAGCCCAUACUUGGCUUAUAGAACAACGUCGUGGAAUUGGUCACCAUGUUCACAAUUAAAUUUCCGCAAUUUCUUGAGAUCGGGAAAUGGUACAUGUUUGUUCAAUAAACCAAAAGAAGGUAUAGAGAUACCGAGAUUAUUACCGGGAAAAUUAAUGGACGCAAACGAACAGUGUAAAAUAUUAGGGAGCUCAUCAGCUGUCGAACUUGAAGAUUUCAUUUGUGUAGAUUUAGCGUGUUAUGAAAAUGAUAACGCGACAGUUACAAAAUUUUAUCGUUUUGGUGCUGCUGAUGGAACUAAAUGUGGUGAUGGAAAAAUUUGUCUCCACGGUUCAUGUUUAUAUGAAAAAUCUAUAACUUAAUGAUAUUCAUUUUUUAAAAAAUGUACAAUACUUCCAUCAAUAAAACAGAAAAAUUCUGAAAUUGUAUCAGGAAAAAAUUAGUUUACUGACCAGAAAAUUGACUAUGAAAUAGCAAAAAAAAAUUUUGAAUAACGUUUGUAAAUUCUCAAGACAAGAAAUCAAUUAAAUAUUUUUUUUGAAUCAAGAAUGAUCUGUCAUCGUUGUAUCAUUUAUAAAUUUUUUCUUAAUAUAAAAAAAAAAAUUUAAUCUAUCAAUAUUUAUUGAUUAAGAUAUCGAUAAUUCAAGCUUUUGCUAGUGCCGAUGUGUAAAAUGUAUUGAAGAUUAUGAUAAUAUUUCGGGUUAGAUUAUUUUAGACAAACUGUCAGUGGAUUUAAAAAAAACUCGUUUGGAAGUAAUUUUCGUGCUAGACUGAACGGCUACUCAAUUUCAAAACCCACAACGAGUAAAUUCUCUAUAAAAAAAUUGAGAGUCAAGUAAAAGUGAUUAUGUAUUUUAUUUCGAUCCAAGUUCACUCCGUCUUGUUAGAAUCUAAAAAUUCUGAAAAUUUGAGCUUAAUCAGUAGGGUGCGUUCGAAGAUAUUUCAAAAAUAAUAUGUUUCAAAAAUAUUUUUUUUGGAGAACUUUUAAUUUACUUGAUGGAUUGAUUGUAAAAUCUAAUCAGCUCUGAAAAUUUAUAAGCCGCGUUGAAUGACACCUCAACGAUCGAAAUCGGUUCAUCCGUUCAAAAGUUACAGAUAUUUACAUAGGAACGUACAAACACACCUAUAUAGGUACACUCGGACAUUAUCUUGAAAUUUGUCAGAAUAGCUUCCUAGAACCUCAAAACUUCAAGAUUUGAUAGAAAUUCGGUUUUCGAAAAUUGGACCGAAACCAAUAACAUGCCUAAUUUGUAUGAUAGGUAACUACUUUGAAUUAGUACUUGGAACGGCAAUUGUUAAUGACUUGGGUGCUUAUGACGGAAUUAUGGCAGCUGCUCACGAAAUAGGACAUUUGCUCGGAGCGGAUCAUGAUAAUGACAAUAAAUCUUGCGCCCCUUAUCUUGGCUAUGUUAUGAGCCCAUACUUGGCUUAUAAGACAACAUCGUGGAAUUGGUCGUCAUGUUCACGAUUGAAUUUCCGUGAUUUCUUGGGAUCGGGAAAAAGUACAUGUUUGCACAAUAAACCAAAAGGAGGUAUAGAAAUACCUAGAUUAUUACCGGGAAAGAUAAUGGACGCAAACGAACAGUGUAAAAUGUUAGGGAGCUUAUCAGCAGCCGAACUUGAUGACUUAAUGUGUACAGAUUUAGUUUGUAAUGAAAAUGAAAACGCGACGGUUGAACGAUAUUAUCGUUUUGGUGCUGCUGAUGGAACUAAGUGUGGCAUUGGUAAAAUUUGUCUUCAUGGAUCAUGUAUUUAUGAAAAUGAAGUAUCUUAUUGAUAGUAAAUGUAAAAUAUUCAUGACUCGAGACAUGAAGUAACUUCAAAUCUUAACGUUUUAUUAAAGAAUCCAUAAUAGAAUUCUUUUAGUAACUCUGUUGUAACCAACUUUUA